AUGGAGAACAAGGUGUCGCUGCCGACGCGCAUGUCGUUUCUGACCACGGUGGAGGCUGGACUCCGCAAGUCGUCGGCGUCGCUGCGGGAGGCCGACAGAAAGAGGCGGGCGGAGGAGAAGCGUGCAGCAAAAGGGAAGGGAACUGAGGGAAGUGCGCCGGUGGGCAGCGCCGGUGUGAAGAACAGGGACGACAGCGAGGAGGACGCCGUCGCGAGGGGUUCUGCCGGCGCCGGUGAAAACGGCAUCGACAGCCGACGUGGUGGAGAGGAGCGCGUGAUUUUAAGAGCGGCUCGUGAGGCAUUAGAGAAGCCGCGCGAACUUGGAGUGGAUGUGACGGGUCGUGAUGACGCUGCAGGCCUCGAGAGGAGCAACAACAACAUCAAGGGCCGUAUUCCAUGGGAACGCAUGCUCGAGUUUCUUAUGAGUCAUGACGGCGUCGACAGUGACGGCAACGGCGAGGCGAUUCGCUCGUACCUUCGCCGCAUCUCGUGGAUUGAGCAACAGAAGAAACUCCAGCCUGUGCACAGCGGUGCCGUGGAGGCGCUGCAGCACGGUGUGCAGUCCUGGUUGAGCAUGCCCGAGGCGAUGCGGGUGCAGAGAGAGAUGCAGCGCAUGCGUGCCCAGCGGAAACGGUUUCGCCGCCCACAGAAAGAGAAGAGUAGUGGUUGA